AUGUCUCUGCAGAAGAUACGAAGAAGUUCGAGCUGGUCAAAAAAGUUCGACGAGUACUUCACCAAGCAGACCAACAUUGUGUACGAGAGCGCUUGCUUUCACAAGUGGCACCAGAUGCCGGGCGAGUCUAUUGACCAGUUCAUGACAGCUCUGCACAUCUUGGCGGAAAAAUGCGACUUCGGAGGAUUCAAGGGGCACCUCAUCCGAGACCGGUUCGUCUUUGGCCUGCGGGACAAAAAACUUUCCGAGUCACUUCAAAUGGACCCGGAGCUAUCUCUCGCGACAGCUCUAGUGAAGGCCCGCCUGAAAGAGACAGUUCAGCAGCAACAAGCAGAGCUUCGCAACUCCAACGAGGUUCACGACAGCACUCAGUUCAAUCUAUGUCAAGAAGUCAGCGUUGAAACAAUGGGUCACCGCAUGAAACCGUGCCACAGUGAGGACACCCGGCCGCCAGCACUUCGUUUCGAAAGACAGUGCAUCUUCUGCGGCGGUCACUCCCGCGCUAGGACAGACUGUCCAGCUAGAGCACAGGAGUGCUUUAACUGUGUCGUAAAGGGACGUUUUGGAAAGUGGUCCGUCGUCCAGCAGACUCUGAAGUCUCCUGGCCCUUUUGAACAGAAAUCGGAGCAGUUCAGGCUGCUCCAGCCGGAGGCGCUUCAGGCACAACCGCAGUCACACUUCGUGUGA